GAAAGCGGAGGGAGGAGCUUUUUGUGGUGACGUAGAACACCGGUCUCCUCCUCCUCUUCCCCCUGAACUUAAAGCGUACUCCGCGAGGCAGCUUGACUUUUUUCCUUCCGGUUUUAAGCGGAAGUGACGAUAUGGGCCGCAACAGCACAACAAUAACAGCGCCGCGGUGGAAGAUGUCAGUGAGGAACGACGGGAGAAUAGGAAGGUAAAAGGGCGGAGAAGGGGAGCGGGUAGACGGGGAGUUGUGCAGACUGGAGCGCCAGUCUUGGGCUAGAGGGACCUGGGUUCAAAUCCCCGCUUAGCCAUCUGCACCAGCAUCCCGUCUCCCCCCAUGGCCGAGCGAGACUGAAGCGCCCUGCAGCUGCUCUGCAGGAGUAAAAGCGCCUCUCUCAUACUGCACGUAGGCCACCCCCUGCAUCGUAGUAACUGUAGCCAUGGAUUUAUUGAAUCCCUCAUUCGAAAGCACUUGAAACUGAUGGCCCCGCCUUGAAGCAGCAAAUUCCAUAAGUAAGCUCUGUGCUGUCUGAGGAAGCACGAAUAUAAAAAGCUGCCUUUUGCCGUGUCCGAUUCCAUUCGUGUUGGCAGCCUCUCUCCACAGUCCCGUGCAGGGAUCUUCUUCAGCACCAGCUACUAGAUCUUUUUUAACGAGUUGCCAGGGAUUGGAUACAAAGCGUGCGCUCUGCCAAACUCACUCACGCAUUUGUUUCGGUUUUCUGUCCAAAGGCUAGGAGCAUCCAUAAUCAUUCCAUUAAAAUCACUGAAUUAUGCACAAUAAUGUUGAAGAAGCUUUAACAGUGGUUGGUGGUGAACUCCCAGUUUGGGGACCUAAUCAAGCCCUCCCCUUCCCCACACAGCAAGUUUUCCUGGCCCUGCAAGACCCCACCAGUUUGGUAGCAAUGGUAAAAAGAAAUCAAGUAUGCGUAGCACUGGGGGUGCAAAUUGCCCCCUACCCAGUCAUCAAAAAUUGAAGGCAAUGUGAUUUAAAGUUUUAUAUGCAGUACAAAAAAAAUGUUUAUAUCAACAUUUGUGUGGCUGUUUGGGGAUUUUCUUAUGCACAGAAGGUAGUUCUAUGAUAGAGGUAAGUAGAUCUGCAUCUGCUGCUAGAUCUGUAGGUCAGCAUGGAUCUCUGAUUCAUAGUUGUUUAACAGUAGCAGCAACAAGAUGACUCGCCACCACUUAAAUAUAUAUUACUAAAAUUAAGAGCACUUUUGUUCUGAAGGGUUGUGAACUCACUUUUGUUCUGCUACUCAGAACAAAUUGCUAGACUCUGAAUUAUUUAAUUCUAAGAGUAAGUUUUUUGCACCAAGUUCUGGUGCAAAAUCUUGGGAUUUUGGACCAUCCCAAAAUAAAUAAUCACAUCUGUUCAGAAUGAUGGACUUUACUGCAUUUUCAUUAUAUGUUUGUGGCAUUAUAGUCAAUAGCAUAUUACUGUUUUAUGUUCAAUUGCAGAUGGUCGUAACCCUUGGCUGUUGAGAUUUUAUUUUAAUUUUUUCAAGAAAACUGAAAUAAAAGCCAUAAGAAAACACAUCGUAUAACUGAGAUUUGAAUGAUGGAAUCAUCUACAAAUCUAGAUGUUGGAACCCAGUUAAUUGUGGAAGACUGUUCUGGCAGCUAUAGCCUGUCUCACAUGCCAGAUAUUAAAGUGGAGCCUCACCUCGAUUCCAGUGUUGAAGAAGGACCAGCUCAGAGUGUUGCCAUGGGAAUGAAAUUCAUUUUGCCCAAUAGGUUUGAUAUGAAUGUGUGUUCUCGGUUUGUCAAAUCAUUGAAUGAAGAAGACAGCAAAAACAUUCAGGAUCAAGUGAACUCUGACCUUGAAGUGGCAUCUGUAUUAUUUAAAGGUUGUGAUUUAAAACUUAUCUUUAGCUUUAACUAUUACUGUUGGAUAGAUGGAUAAACAGGAAAAUGCUAUAUUGGCAAAAGAAUGCAUACACACAUAUGAAUACUAACAUCUUUCUUGUUCAGCAGGCAUCAUCUGCCUUUAACUGCCUGCUGAGAACAUUUCUAUGCCACCAGGCUUAUGACAGCAAUUAAUAAGAAUACAUUUUCCCAUAAUGAUUAGUUGAUGGCCUCUGAUUUUAUGUUGUUGUUAUUAUAUAUAAAUAUUAUUGUACACCACUUUGAUUUUCUAUGAUAUAGUGGUAUAAAAAUCCUUUUAUAAAUAAAGUAAAUUUGAAGAAGCUAUUUUGAACACUUUUUUCUUGCUUUCUUCAUGUAGCUGAGUGCAAUAUCCAUACUUCUCCUUCUCCUGGAAUUCAAGUAAGACAUGUCUACACCCCAUCAACUACGAAGCACUUUUCUCCCAUAAAGCAGUCAACCACAUUAACUAACAAGCACAGGGGAAAUGAAGUUUCUACAACCCCUUUGCUUGUAAACUGUAAGUGAUUCUUCGUGGAAUGGUAAAUUUAAGUUUUCAUUUUGGGAUCCUCCAUUGGGAUUACUACAAGAAACUGGUAUUUGCAUUCACUUUAAACCAUUCACCCAGUCAUUUAUUUAUUUCUAAAUUGAUUAGGGGUAAGAUCUCUUUAACUGAAAGCGGUGACUUUGUCAUUCUGGGUUGCCAAGCUUUCUUUCAAAAUAGAAAAGGGCUAGGCAUGAUAGUAUACUGGAAUAGAAAGGCAAAAGGCACCACACAUAAUGUCUUUGAUAUUCUGUUGCCUAAGGAACGUCAAGAAAUUGUAAACCAAUUCAUCAUUUGUACAUUGAGCAAACCUACAUUAUUUUUCAUGCUAGUCAUGUUGGGGGAAAAGACAUGUAAGCCUUAUCCUCACCCAAUGAAAAUUUUAUUCAUGUACACUUCUGAAAUUCCAAGUAAGGCGUUGCUCAUAUACUUUCAAGACUUCUUAUUGUAGCCAUAGGGGCUGUGUCUAUCUCAUUGAAAGCUGAAAUUCUCAGCAAGCUGCUUUUUCUAAUCCCAGUCCCACAUUCUUGCCUCCUUUGGGAUCAGGGUCUACACACAACCCUUCUUAUUGGAUGGUUGUGAAGGUAAAUUAAUUGUAAAGUAACUUUCUGCGCCAGAAAUAGUAGCAGGCUGCAUGGUUGUGUCAGCUAUGUGAUCAUCCUCUCUGUGUUAUUUUUCUCUUAACAACAUGCAGUCAGUAUUGUAGUCCUAAAUCAUGGCAGUAUUUCACCACAGAAGUUGAUAUUUUUCUGCUGUUUUUGCAGCUCUUUCCGUUCACCAGCUGGCAGCUCAAGGGGAAAUGCUGUAUUUAGCUACACGCAUAGAGCAAGGUGAGAAUUUAUUUUGGUCUUUUUUUCUGGCAAAAAAUGAUCAGCUGCUAGGUUGGGGUGGGUCCUGCAACUGGCCCUAUUCGCAUUUGUGCUUUAUUUCAUACAUUUCUGUUCUGUGGAAAUGGCUCUGAAAUGUUUUUUGCCUCAUAGAUCAUGAUGUCAAAACUUAUAUAUCAGCACUGCAGAAAAUUAUAUAUAUAGAAAGGUUUUUUUGUUUUCUAGUCACUCUUCUUUAAAAAAAGAAACAUAGUGCAAACCUAUUUUUUUAGUGCUGUGAUGCUCUGGUUAUAACUCCUAUCCAAGCUAUCCUGUGAUAUUUGUUCUUUGAAUUAUGCAAUGUUUAUUGCUCAUUAGCCAAAUAGGCUAAUGUUGAAUUAUGUAACAGGGCAAGGUGCAUAUUUCAGAUAGUAGGAGGUGUUCGCCCUGGCCCCUUAUUGUAGCAAGCCUUGUCUUCAUUUUUAGGGCCUAUGGCAUCCAGAAUUUGCUUCCAAAAGUGAGUGAAGCUGACUCACUUGUUCCUUCUCACCCACCUCUGACAGUAUUCACUCCAUGGCAUUGUUUACUUUGCAUUUCCACCAUAACAGGGAUCCACAAAUUGUGUCUUGGCUUAGUAGUCAGCUGUUACUUUUGUUUGCAACCAAUUCCGCUCCCCUGCAGGACUCAAAAGAUUGGGGAAGGAUGUCUCUCACUUUAAACUGACCUUUGAAAAGGAGCAGAGGGCAGUAUUCUUUGCUUUUCUGCAUCCCUCUUUAUCCCAGCAUAGUGAGUUGAGACCCAAUCCCCCCAAAUAUUCAUAACUUUAUUCCAGCAUCACAUGGAGACAACAGGAGUGAGAUGGUUGAUCUGUAUGUUUUGUUAAAUAGAAAAUGUAAUCAACCAUACGGACGAAGAAGGCUUUACCCCUCUGAUGUGGGCUGCAGCUCAUGGGCAGAUAGCAGUGGUAGAAUUUCUGCUUCAAAAUGUGAGUGAAAAUAUGUCCCCCCCCCAAUGCAUUUGUAGUGAUAGUCAACAAUUGUAGUGCUCUAAAUCCGUCAAGAACAAUGCUUGUAGCCUCUGAAAGUUGUCUGAAGACCUCUUGUGAAGCCUUACAUAGAUGAUAACAAUGCUACGCUAUCGUUUCAAUCCCAGGUUGUAAUUUUCUGUCUAGAUCUGGUCAACACCAUGUUUUAGCCAUGUUACAAAAGAUUCAGAGGAGAAACACUAAUGCAUGAUUUAUGCACAAAGUCUGAAGAAAAAUCAGGUCUGAGGGCUAUUUUUUAUUUUUAUCUAGCCACUGAGAAUGAUACCCAUUUCUUCCACUUACAAUUCCUGGCUGAACAUCUGUUGCUAACUGUUCUACCUCUACAAAUCCUAGGUUCUGAUAGCCCAUGAGCAGGGGCGUAGGAAGGGGGGUGCGGGGGUGCAUACCUCACCGCGACGCCCCCCCCCCCCCCGCGCCCGCGCCACUCCGGGUGCCGGAGCAGCUAGCUACGCCCCUGCCCAUGGGCACUGUAACAGUCUUUCUUUCCAAAGGGCAUGAAUGAACAAGUCCAUAAGCAAUGGAACUGUUUACCAGGUACAAAGAAAAGAAGCAGUAGUUUGAGCUGCAACAAAUCAUGCUUAGGCUGUACAUAAGGAAAAAAGAAGUGUAGACAGCUGGUUAGUUGUACAAAUUGUCCAUGGAACUUUUGGAAUCUCCUCUUCCCCAUAUAAAGAAUUAAAUGGCUGGGCUGAGUCCAGGGUGAUUUCAGUACCUAGAAUCUGGACAGUAUAUAAUUGGACACAUGGGGUUCCAUCCAUCAGGAUUUUUAUUAGUCUAACCCAUAACACAUUUUAAACCACUGCUCUUUCUGACAGGGUGCAGACCCACAGAUCCUUGGAAAAGGGCGAGAGAGUGCACUAUCACUGGCCUGCAGUAAAGGAUACACAGACAUUGUCAAGAUGUUGCUUGACUGCGGAGUUGAUGUAAAUGAAUAUGACUGGGUAAGCCCCUUACUGGAGCUACUAUCCACAUUACAAACUUUUGGGUAGUAAAAGGAGCCAAAAUAUAUGGACCCCUGUUCAUAUACAGCUUGCUUGGGUCACUGAACUGUGCAAAUGAAUUCUGAUAUUAUUAUUUCUUUUCAUUUCUUUUUCAGAAUGGUGGUACACCUUUGCUCUAUGCUGUGCAUGGGAACCAUAUAAAAUGUGUCAAAAUACUCUUAGGUAAGUAUUAUGAAGGCAGUUAUUAGCCAGUAAGGACUGUAAGAACAGCAGGAUGUUAGCAAAUCAAUUAUUUGUUUCCUGUUGUUUUAACUAGAGCACGGUGCUGAUCCUACUAUAGAGACAGACUCCGGAUAUAAUUCCAUGGAUCUGGCUGUAGCCCUGGGCCAUCGUAGCGGUGAGUAUUCAAGCACUUUAGAAUUUACUUUAAGGGUUGGUGCUCUUUUUUUGUAUCAGCCGCUUUACCUGUUGGUGGUUCACAAAAUGCACAGGCUUUUACUGUUGCUUCUGGAGAGGCCUUCUUUAUCACCAUUUACAGCAGUGGUAGUUUAUGCAGAUAUGGGGGAAGACAGCCUAGUGCUGUGCAUGCAUUGCACUCCCUUCCCCCACUCCUUGAUCAUCUCACUGUUAUCCUUUAUGCUGUAGAUUGAUAGCUGCUUCUUUUGCUACCUAGAACUUGGUGGGGGCAGGAUAGGACUAACAAAUGAGCUUGCCCCUAUUUAUGUAUGAAGAGGCCAAGUUCCAGUUCUUGGCCAUGCCAGAGCAGCAACAGGGAACCAGAAGGGCCAGACUGAAAUGUGGCCAACGUUCUGCAGGCCACAUUCCAAUGGAAAUUUUUGCCUUUCGUUAAUGUGCUGCUUUAGGCAGUGAUCAGAUAUACCAAUAGUGAAUGGGGCCAAAAGCAUUUUACAUAUUCAUACACACAUAAACACACACACACACACACACACACACACACACGGAUUACUAUUCUGGAUUACUACAAACUCUAUGCAAUUUCCACUUUUUCAGCUCUCCUAUUUACAUCUCCAAAAUAGGAUAGAUCACCACUUAAGAGCUGAACACUAAUCAUAUUUUUCCCCCCGAUUCAGUUCAACAGGUUAUUGAGUCACACUUAUUAACGCUCCUUCAAAACAUCAAAGAAUAAUGACUUUUUCUUCAUGAGACAAGACUUCGUAUGUGAAGAAAAACUGGGUUUUAGGACGGAUCAACAUGAAAAAGACUUGAUUUUUGAAAAAUCAGUACCGUGGUCCCACCAUUGUUGGAGGACGGCAGGUGGGGGAGACUCGCAUUACUUUAGGCAGUCCUAGUUUGCCACCCAAACCAGGGAUUUUGGCAGUAUCUGUUGGCCUGCACGUUUUAAGCAGUUAUUGGUUGUGCAGAUGGAAAAGUUAGCAGCACCAAAGCUGCAGUGUUGAGCAUGGCCUGCCACCAGCAAGCCUUUCCUUGCAGCAGUGCUGCUUUAUCAUACCAGGAAAAGACAGUGUACAAAAUCACAUGACGGGGACUGUUGUGUAAGAAACUUCCUCAGCUACAUUUUUGGGCAAGAGAGUGCUUGACGUUUGGAUUCAUGAAAACUUUCUGAGGCUUUGCUCAGGCAACACUUCUCUCAUUGGUAAGAUUUUAACAUGAUUCAUGUAUUUCGCUGACGUUUGUCAAACCACAUCGAUCCUACUUGCACAUAUUUCAUGCAAUAUUGAAUAUUCUGUUUGACAAAGGAAUUGGAGAGAAUUUAACAUCGUAUAAAAUAACAUACCUCCUUAUUCUUCAUAAUCUAUUAGAAGUCUACUUGGAGCACUACAUUAGUGCAUAUGCUACUGAAAUGAGUCAGCUGGUGCCAGGGAAUGCAGCAUAUGUAUUAAAAUUUGCAGUUAAGAACUGGCUAGGUACUCUUAGGUGAGGGUAGAAAGGCUUUCUCCCUGAUUGUACUCUACAAUCAGCUUGUAUAUCAGCCCACAGAUGUAACUGUGUUACGUUAUAUGUAUACGUUACUUGUUUGCUGGUGAAUGGCAGAGAGUCGAGAGAGUUUCAUCCCAUUUGUAUCCUGCUUCCUUUCUGUGCUGUCUCAUGCUUAAAUACAAGGCUGCUCUACCUCUGUAUUUCUGACUUUGCCACCCAAUUCAUCUGAAUUAGCUAGUUUACUUGGAGCCGAAAGUUGUUCUGUAAGUAGUGAAGUUCUUUCAAGGUUAUACUUCAGAAUAUAAGUGAGUAAAUUUCCUGUUUGGAUGUUUUGUUUUGUUUUUAUUUUAUUUAAAAAAUAAAUAUCUGCCAACAGUGAGAAAUGUUUUUCAGUACUUUUCUCCAAUAUACUGGAUUUCUAUGAACCAAUAUUUCUUUGACAUGAGAGGUUUGAAUCAUGUCCCUUUAAUUCUGAAAUGGUUAGAUUCCAUGAAACACCUGUGUUUUCUGAGCAUAUAGGGCAGAUCUUAAAACUAUGAGUGGAGAAUGUAGUCUGGUACUUUCACACAAACAAGAUAAACCUUUUAACGGCCUUUCUGAAAGGCUGAGAACCACAAACUUCGACAUGAUCCUCUGCUACAGGUCAAGACUUAUACCCAAAAUGUAGACAAGUAAAUGGUACUUGUCUUGCAUUAUGACUUUGUCAUACCCAAAGAGCCAAGACGUUCAAAUGGUCAAUACUGUGAACUUGUGAUUACUGAGACUUUUGCACAGAUUACCAUGAAAUGCUGUAUAAAUGUAAAUAAACCCUUCCCCUUUCACACAGUGUACCUAAAAGCUGUCUGAAACAGCAAUGGGACUAUCUUCCGCUCCUAUGCUUGCCUAAAUAAGGUUGAAAUGUGUAAGAGUGAACUGUAAAUGUAUUUAAAUGAAAGUUAGGUAGUACAAUGUGCUCAAAGCCUAAGAGCUAGAAUAAUAAUUAAAACAAAUAUUUAUUUCCAAGUAAAAGUGUUUCAGACUUAGUAUAAGGCAGAUUGUGAACAGGGCAUCCUUUUGUGGUUACAACCGAUGAAAACGAGCUUGCUACCAUGUUUGCCAUAUCUCUAUCGCAUAUUACACAGAACCAUUAUUCUUCAGUUAAAGAACAAAAAAAAACCUGUAGAAGUAACAAUGUUUUAUUAUAAAGUUAAAAGCAUUUAGCAUCUGUUUAAAAUGCAUGUUUCCAGUAAUGAAAAUAAACAUUUUUCUCUGAGGGGUAAUUGUGCAAUACUGAACAUGCAAUACGUUCCCUGUUCUCUAGAAUCUGAUUAGCCAAAGCAGACUAUUUAAAUUCCUCCAUUCCCGCCCCCAUGGACCUAUGCAAGUGUACCCCUCUAUAAAUGAUGUCUUUGAUGCACUAUGUAUUAGGAUGUGUCUGCCAAGUUUUUGCUCAAGCUGCUCAGCUAAACUAUUGUUUUGAUCUUGUAAAGUUGUGUUGUAGGUGUUAUUACCUAUUUUGAGAGUUGCAAGUUCUUCAUAUAGUGCAAAUAAACUGUUUUUAAAUGAAAUUGUUUACCUUGAUUUCUUCUUGAGCAUGCUAAAUGAGAAACGCACACCGUUUUUCCUCUGUAACUGUCAAUGGUUGCAUUUUAUGCAACAUUAGGCUGGGGGGUGUCCCAUGCCUGUUUUAUAUAGCUUAAAGGUCAGAUGAGACCACCCCAGGGGUCAUAAUUUGGCCUAUAUGGCCAUUUCCCACCCAUCAUAUCCUCCUGCCUCUACAUCUGACUUAAACUGUGGGGCAGGUAAAGCUGCAACUGCAAAAGAGCAACCGGGAACCCCUUAAGAGUUUACUCUGAAUUGUUCCUUUGCAAGCAGGGCUUUCAUUCAGUGCAUUUCGCAUUUGGUGGCAAAUGCAAGCCCUGCCAUAACUGGCUGUUCUUGGGAGCUCUCAGUCAGUACUGAAUUUAUUUUUAAGGAAGAAAUAUGAGUGCACUUAAACAUGCACAUCUGAUUCCUUUGAAACUGAACUACCCACUGGGUUCUUCAUUUAUUCCAGUAGGAAACAAAUCCUGGGGCAGUUUAGGCUUAUGUCUGAAUAAUCAGUGCUCAUGCUGUUUUUCCCCAACCAGCCAUGAUGCAGAGGUCAGAAUAAACCAUAGCUUCAACUCAUGGCUUGUUUGGAGGGAAAUAAAACUACAAGCACUGCUUUGGCUGCAACAGCUUGUUUCUCUCCUGGAGCAAGGAGAAUGGGUUUGAGAAGAACUAGACAGCAGCAAACAGCUCAGGCAGACUAAUUAACCACUUAAUAUUGGGCAUAACCAUGGCCAAUAUCAGCAGGGUAGGUUUUAUAGAAUAUUAACUGGCAGUUAUACCAUUUUCACCUUUCCAUUGACAUUUUAAUGUGCUCUUGCUUGUUGAAGGUAAUUGACAUGUACUGCUAUUCCAUGGGAUAUUCUUCAUGUGUUCAUCCUUUUGGUAUAUGCAAGUCAUUCAAUUUGUUCCUAUAAGUGGCAUGACUUAUUUAAGACAAUUAUAGCUAGGCUUGUUCCUGUCUCCUUUACAGUGGUGCCUCGCAAGACGAAAAGAAUCCGUUCUGUGAGUCUCUUCGUCUAGCGGUUUUUUCGUCUUGCGAAGCAAGCCCAUUGACGGAUUAGCGGAUUAGCGCUAUUAGCGGCUUUUAGCGGCUUAUCAGCUUAUCGGAUAAGCAGAUAAGCGGCUUAACGGCUUAGAAAAAGGGGGGGGGAAACCACAGGAACUCGCAAGACAUUUUCGUCUUGCGAAGCAAGCCCAUAGGAGCUUCAUUUUGCGACGCACCUCCAAAACAGAAAACUCUUUCGUCUAGCGAGUUUUCCGUCUUGCGAGGCAUUCGUCUUGCGGGGCACCACUGUAUAUAGAUAAGAUCAUAGGCUGGUAUCUAAUGGUGCAAGUCCAUUGAGAGAACAGGGUUGAGAAGCAAUUUUGACAAAUCCUCCAUAUCACUAUGUAUUAUUAUUAAUUGAAUUUAUAUACCACCCUAUACCCGGAGCUCUCGGGGUCUAGAGAUCUGGGCCUAGAUCUAUUGCCAAAGUUAGGAGAUCCACUGAUGCAGAUUUAGGGAUCUGGAGAAAAUUGACACCCCCCCCCCAAAAAAAAGCUCCCUUACCUAUUAUAUACAAUUGGAUACCACCUUUUGUGUAAAUUGCUUUCAAGUGAAAGGAGCUGAAUAAACAACAAAAUGUCCGUACUCCAUCUGAUAAAGGGGGUUUUAGCAUCAGGGUGUUGUUUUUUGUCCAAGUGCCACAGCCUGGCUAACUAAACCACAGUAACUCAUUUGUUCUGCUGAAAAAAAUUAAGAUCAAUUUCUAAGGUACAGGAACCUAACUUGCAUGGCACACAGGUGCUCACUAGUAGCUCCUACUGUAUGUAUUUGCAGUUCAGACACAAGAGAAAAGUUAUUAUUAAAUUUUUUUUUCUAUAAGGAGCAGUGAGUAUUCUCCAGAGGCUCACAAAACCAGAUUCCAGUUCCUUGCAGAAAAAGCACAAUGAAUCUAACUCCAUUUCUGUUUUAACAAGCCACUGCUGCAAGAAGAGCAGUCACUUUACAGCAGGGCAAGCUACCCUGUGGUCCUCCAGAUGGUGCUGGAGCAAGACUGCCAUCAUCCCCAAGCACUGGCUACACUGGCCAAGGCUGAUGAAAACGAGUCCAACAGCAUCAGAGGCCAAAGAUUAGCCACCCUUCAUUUCCAGCUACUACCUUGUUGAUAACAUUUAACUCAAACUUGACACUCAGGUGCUGCCUUUGCGGUUUAAACAAGGGGAGGAGGAGCUGGAAGAGGCAAUUGUUCAUAUAAUUUGACACUGGGAGUUACAUUUGUAUUAAAUUGCAAAUAAAGUUUACUAUUUAUUUCCACACUCGAAGCAAUGCGGCUCCCACUAACAGAAUUAACAAUAUGUUGCCUAUUUUUUAAAGUGACACAAUUAAGUUUCCUAAGAUUACACAAUUGUUCUCUGCAUGUGUGUACUGUAGAAGUCAACCUCCUGAACAAAUUAUUUUGUUGUGGCACAGAGCUUCUUGUGCACUCUGAACAUUAUGGUUGCUUCUGAUAAGGACAGAUUAUAGCGGUUAGAUAGGGAACUCUUGUCAUAUGAAUAAGAGAGUUCCUAAAGUAAAUCAGAAAGGUAGGGUCCUGUGUCAAUUAGCUAUUCUAAGCCAGUCUUCAUGCCUGUAACUAAUGGAAUACUAUCUGCCAGCCUAUUGUCAGAACUAUUAAUGCUUUUACCUUUGACAAUCUGGUUAUGUUUCUGCCAGUGACCUGUAUUUGAUCUAGGCUAGAUUUGGACCAGUCUCCUUUAUUUGCCUUCUUCUGACAUUAAACAUACUUCACUUUUGAGCUCUGCUUGUACUACAUAUGCUGGCAUAUGUAUCCAUCACUGAAAAUUAUACAAAGCAAAAC